AGGAAAGCAAGCUAGCUGGCGGUUCUUUUUUUUUUUGUAGUGAGAGCGCUUCUUGUCAAAGUCUCUUCCAAAAACACUAAACUGUACCUCUUGUAUUUUCGCGUAGCUUCGAGAAGAAGUCACUGAGUGCUACAAGUUGAAGAAAACGUCACUCCCGAGUCAGGUGGGCUGGUGGUGUUGUUGUGCUGACUGUGCAUAUGCCUUCGCUUUCGGCUUCUUUUGACAGUCUGACCCGCUGUUAGCCUCCCGGAUUAGCCACCUAGCUUGGGCAGCGCGUGACGUUAGCGCGACUGUGGCGUGACUGGACCUUUUCAGUGUAAGAGCUUCUGCGCACCUCUAGUAUACCAGCGCUUUUCAUUUGAAGGGACAUAGCGGAAGUGUGGCGUGUCUGUGUCUGUGAAACGACAACAAAGGUUUUCCUCACUGCAACUGAGACGGAAGCUAAUCUUUUGUACACAAUUUAACUGAUUUCAAUAGCAGUACGAUUUUAGUCUCUGUCGCGUUAUUUUUUGUAGUUGGCUGCUGUGAAGUAGCGUGGAAUUCCUUCCUUUCUCUCUUCCUUUUUUAAGCGGCUUGUUUAUUAGUAGGCGGGGAGUUGUUUGACACUUACUUUGACGCGUAAAGGGGCUAAAGGGAAGGGGGUGGACAGAGUCGCGGAAUGUCCAAAGUGUCCAAAUAGGGCUGCAUGUCGGCGUCCGCAAGCGUCUAUUGUCAACUCAUGCGAACCUGCUGCUUCAUCACCUCGCCGUCAAAAAGGGGAGCAAAGAGCGAUCGAACCGAGAAGGCUGAGGAUUGACCGUCACAACAGCAGCAGAAGCAGCAGUCAGAAGGAAUGGGAGAAAAUAUGGAGUCGGUCGUCGCUUUGCAGCUUGAACCCAAAAGACUGCAAAGACCUGCAAAAGUUUUUCUUCAUCCAGAUCAGAGGUCUCCAAAGUGCAAUCCAGGCACCUUCUAUGACCCAUGACCAUCCAGCAGCACCGGUGGACGUGGCUCUCGUGGCAUGACUACUCCAAACAAGGGAAACAAGGCCUUAAAGGUGAAGCGGGAGCCAGGAGAGAAUGGCACCAGCCUGACAGACGACGAGCUGGUGAGCAUGUCGGUGCGGGAACUGAACCAGCACCUUCGGGGCCUAUCUAAGGAAGAGAUCCUGCAGCUGAAGCAACGGCGGCGCACGCUGAAGAACCGAGGCUACGCCGCCAGCUGCCGAGUGAAGCGUGUCACCCAGAAGGAGGAGCUGGAGAAGCAGAAGGCUCAGCUGCAACAGGAAGUGGACAAGCUGGCCACGGAGAACGCCAGCAUGAAGGUGGAGCUGGACGCUCUGCGCUCAAAAUACGAGGCCCUGCAGAGCUUCGCCAGGACUGUGGCACGUAACCCCGUUGCCUCGGCGCGAGGGCCCAUGGCCUCGGUUAUCGGGCCCCUCAUACCCGGUAAAGUGGCCGCCACCAGCGUCAUCACCAUCGUCAAAUCCAAAACAGAGGCUAGGUCGUAGUAGCGGGAAGGCUUGACGCAGUCAGUGCAUUGUAACGUUCCAGUGUCGAUCCUCACAUGCAAGACGGGAAUAUCGCUUUAGCCUUUGAUUGGAGCAGCUAUUGUUUAUUUUAGGGACACUGAAUCACAACUUUUUGUUUAUUUUGGGGGUUUUGCGACCCCCUUUGUCGAUUGAGCAAUAUCCACAAAAAGAAAGGGAAAACCACAAAUUUUAUUUGAAAUACCGCAAUUGUUAUCAUGCACUGACUUACUACUGAUGACAAGGAAGCUGCAGAUGUUUUUUUUACAAAAAUCCCAAAUUUCCAUAUAUAUCAGGAAUACAAGCGUGAAUCCAUGCUUUCCCAAAUCUUAGCAUCCAUUUCUGCCCUGUGACAGCAUUUAACAAACUAGUCAUAACCAAUAUGACCGGUAGAUGCAAUAAUAAUAAUAAUAAUACGUGUAUGCACUGAAAAUACAAAAAAAAAAAAAAUCAAUAUUUGUUGCACAUGGGAUGCAACCCUUGAAUGUUCUUACAUUUGUUCAUAGAGACAAUAUGAUGGAGUUUAGUUUGAAAGAUGCAUUUUUUUUAAAAAAAAUUAAUUACAUGUCGACAGGGCCGUAUUAAAAAAAAAAAAAAUCAUCUUUCACAAGCUUUACUGUUUUAAUCGUUAAGGUGUGAAAAUCUUUGUCUAAUGUUAACUUAUUGGUUUUUGUUACCGGGUAGAAUACAUUCUGUUGUUUAUAGAAAUACAAGGGAGGGAAAAAAAAAACAAAAAAAAAAUUCUGUGAAUUGUUUUUUUUUUUUAAUUAAUUUAUUUUGCAAUUGUACCGAAAGUGGCUUACUAUUGAAGUCUGAUAGCUUUUUUCUAGUGACUCUAGGCGCGUACUGUGAGGUAGCGCGUGACGUGACGUGUUCAAGUGACAAAGUUGGCAGUGUCGUUCACUGUAUAGAUGUCAAUGCUGUGCUAUUUUUAAAAUCAAGUCUGUAGAAGCUAAACUUAGGUGGUGUAAACAAGGUCAACUGUCGUCGUGGCAUCUGUGAUAUCCUCCUCUUGCUUCUUCCGUGGUGUUAGUUACAAAAGGGAUGCUGUCAUUCGGGGGUGGGGUGGGGGGGGGGUUCCGCUGACGAAGGGAGGGGAAAACAUGCUGCAUUUUAGUCAAUUAAUACGAUUGUUUUCGUCUCCCUCCCCUUCAAAAAUAUAAAAUCAUGCUGCCGUCUUCAUUUUAAAUUACGUCCAGCAAUCCCUCGUUUAUCACAGUUAAUUGCUUCCAGACCCGAACAGUGAUAAGUGAAUUUCCUUGAAUUUUUCUACAUGGUGGAAAAUUCCAAUGAAACAAUUCAUUAAUUUUCUACUGCUUAUUUUCAAGUGGGUCGGGGGGGGGGGUGCUGUAGCCUAUCCCAGCUGUCUUUGGGCGAGAGGCGGGGUACACCCUCGACUGACUGGUGGCCAGCCAAUCACAGGGCACAUAUAGACAAACAACCAUUCACACUCACAUUCAUACCUAUGGACAAAAAGUUUGAAUGUGAUAAAAACACAUUUUCAGCAAAUACGGAAAAUUUGUAUUAUUACCACAAGUUAAAAAAAAGAGAGAAAAAAAUGCUAAUAUUGCAAAAAAAAAGUUUAAAAAAAUUGGUAAUUUUAUGAGGAAAAAAUCUGAUUAUUUACAUUGACACAACAAAUUACAAGACAAAAAGUAACUGUAUUCCUGCAAAUUGUUUUUUCGGGCGAGAGGCGGGGUACACCCUUGACUGACUGGUGGCCAGCCAAUCACAGGGCACAUAUAGACAAACAACCAUUCACACUCACAUUCAUAACUAUGGACAAAAAGUUUGAAUGUGAUAAAAACAAAUUUUCAGCAAAUAUGGAUUUUUUUUAUUGUUACCACAAGUUAAAAAAGAGAGAAAAAAAUGCUAAUAUUGCAAAAAAAAAGUAAAAAAAAAUUGGUAGUUUUAUGAGGGAAAAAAUCUGAAUAUUCCAAGGAUAAUUUACAUUGACACAACUAAUUAACUACUAAUUAAAGACAAAAAGUAACUUUAUUCCUGCAAUUUUUUUUCGGGCGAGAGGCAGGGUACACCCUUGACUGACUGGUGGCCAGCCAAUCGCAGGGCACAAAUAGACAAACAACCAUUCACACUCACAUUCAUACCUAUGGACAAAAAGUUUGAAUGUGAUAAAAACACAUUUUCAGCAAAUAUGGAAAAUUUUUUAUCAUUACCACAAGUUAAAAAAGAGAGAAAAAAAAUGCUAAUAUUGCAAAAAAAAAGAAAAAAAAAAUUGGUAAUUUUAUGAGGAUAAAAUCUGAAUAUUCCAAGGAUAAUUUACAUUGACACAACUAGUAACAAGACAAAAAGAAACUUUAUUCCUGCAAUUUUCUUUCUAAAAAUAAAAUAAUAAUAAUAAUAAAAAAAAUCACGAAAAUUUUGCACUGAUUUCACAAUUUUUGUCCCGUCACCCGUUCCCGUACUCCGGUUUCCUCCCACAUUCCAAAAACAUGCUAGGUUAAUUAACGACUCCAAA